AUGGCUUGGAUGACUUACGUUUCACAUUGGUUUGAGCAAGAUGAUUGGUAUGAAGGACUACAAAGAGCAAACAUGUCCCAGGUAAGGCAAGUGGGAUUGCUGGCUGCCGGAUGUCAGCCAUGGAACAAAGAUGUAUGUGCUGCCAGUGGAGACAGGUUUGCGUAUUGUGCAACGCUGGCCAUCUACAUCUACCAGUUGGAUCACCGUUAUAAUGAAUUCAAACUUCAUUCAAUUAUGUCUGAACAUAAAAAAACAAUCACAGCCAUCUCUUGGUGUCCACAUAACCCCGAUCUGUUUGCAAGUGGCAGUACCGAUAAUUUAUUGAUCAUUUGGAAUGUUGCAGAACAAAAAGCCAUUGCUAAACUCGACAGUGCAAAAGGGAUGCCUGCCUCUCUCUGCUGGUGCUGGAAUGCAGAUGAUGCUGUGGCGUUUGCUUCCCAUCGAGGUCCACUGUUCAUUUGGACCAUCUCAGGACCAGACAAUGGAGUGACUGUGCACAGAGAAGCUCAGAACUUCUUGUCUGAUAUCUGCAUAUUCAGAUGGCAUGCCCAAAAAAAGGGGAAAGUUGUAUUUGGUCAUAUUGAUGGAAGUCUUUCCAUUUUUCAGCCAGGUAAUAAAAAUCAGAAACAUGUUCUGAGACCUGAAUCUCUUGAGGGAACAGAUGAAGAGGAUCCAGUUACAGCCCUGGAAUGGGACCCUCUGUCUACUGACUAUCUUCUUGUGGCUAAUAUGCACUAUGGAAUUCGACUAGUUGAUUCUGAAUCACUUUAUUGCAUAACAACAUUUAAUUUUCCAAGUGCAGUAGCUUCUGUACAAUGCUUAGCUUGGGUUCCCAGUGCUCCUGGCAUGUUUAUAACUGGAGACUCUCAAGUGGGUGUUUUGCGCAUUUGGAAUGUUUCCAGAACAACGCCUAUUGAUAAUUUUAAAUUGAAGAAGACAGGAUUUCACUGCUUACAUGUACUUAAUUCUCCUCCAAGGAAAAAGUUUUUAAUCCAGUCUCCAAACAAAAAUCAUUAUACAUCCUCCACAAGCGAAGCAGUUCCGCCCCCAGGCUUGACACAGAAUCAAGCAUUUUCUCUACCUCCUGGUCAUGCUGUGUGCUGUUUCCUGGAUGGCGGAGUUGGACUUUAUGACUUGGGAGCCAGGAAGUGGGAUUUUCUCAGGGACUUGGGCCAUGUGGAAACUAUCUUUGACUGCAAAUUCAAACCUGAUGAUCCAAAUCUUUUAGCAACAGCAUCGUUUGACGGCACUAUAAAAGUCUGGGAUAUAAACACGUUAACAGCAGUGUACACUUCUCCUGGCAAUGAAGGGGUUAUUUAUUCGCUUUCAUGGGCUCCUGGUGGUUUAAAUUGUAUUGCCGGAGCAACUUCUCGAAAUGGUGCUUUUAUCUGGGAUGUUCAUAAGGGCAAAAUAAUACAACGAUUUAAUGAGCAUGGAAAAAAUGGAAUAUUCUGCAUUGCCUGGAGUCAUAAAGAUUCCAAAAGAAUAGCCACUUGCAGUGGAGAUGGUUUCUGUAUUAUCCGAACAAUUGAUGGCAAAGUUCUACACAGAUACAAACAUCCAGCUGCAGUGUUUGGCUGUGAUUGGAGCCAGAACAACAAAAAUAUGAUAGCCACUGGCUGUGAAGACAAAAAUGUUCGCAUCUAUUACGCAGCCACCAGCUCUGACCAACCACUGAAAGUUUUUAGUGGACAUACAGCUAAAGUGUUUCAUGUAAAAUGGUCACCUCUGAGGGAAGGAAUUCUUUGUAGUGGUUCUGAUGAUGGUUCUGUUCGAAUCUGGGAUUAUACUCAAGAUGUUUGCAUAAGUAUUCUUAAUGGACACAGUGCACCUGUGAGGGGAUUAAUGUGGAAUACUGAGAUUCCCUAUCUACUAAUAUCUGGCAGCUGGGACUAUACUAUAAAAGUAUGGGACACUCGGGAAGGAACUUGUUUGGAUACUGUGUGUGAUCACGGUGCAGAUGUAUAUGGCUUAACAUGUCACCCCAGUCGUCCCUUCACCGUGGCCUCUUGCUCCCGUGAUUCCACAGUGAGACUCUGGUCAUUGACAUCUUUAAUCACGCCUUUACAAAUAAACGUUGUGGCUGACAGAUCCUGGGAGGAAAUUAUCGGGAAUACUGAUCAUGCUCUUGAACAAGGCACUCCUCCUCUAUUGUGUGGGAAAGUGUCAAGAGAUAUUAAGCAAGAAAUAGAAAAGCUAACUGGUAAUCCUCGAGCAAAAAAAUUAAGAUGGUUUUCAGAAUGUUUAUCACCUCCAGGUGGCAGUGACAAUUUAUGGAAUUUGGUUGCUGUGAUUAAAGGACAAGAUGAUAGCUUACUUCCCCAGAACUACUGCAAAGGAAUAAUGCAUUUGAAGCAUCUGAUUAAAUUUAAAACUUCUGAAGCUCAAGAGCUAACAACAGUCAAGAUGUCUAAGUUUGGUGGCGGUAUUGGGGCACCUACUAAAGAGGAAAGGCUAAAGGAAGCUGCUGAAAUACACUUGAGAUUAGGACAAAUCCAGAGAUACUGUGAACUUAUGGUUGAACUCGGAGAGUGGGACAAAGCACUGUCAAUUGCACCUGGGGUAUCAGUGAAAUACUGGAAGAACUUAAUGCAGAGGAGAGCUGACCAGCUAAUCCAGGAAGAUAAAGAUGAUGUCAUUCCAUACUGCAUAGCCAUUGGGGAUGUGAAAAAACUAGUCAACUUCUUUAUGUCAAGAGGUCAGCUCAAGGAAGCCUUACUUGUUGCACAGGCGGCAUGUGAGGGAAAUAUGCAAACGUUACAUCCUUCUGCAAGCAAAGGAGCUUCAAAUUCAGAUGAUGUCUACAAGGAAGACUUUAAUGAACUCCUAUACAAAGUCAGUAAAGAGCUGGCAGAAUGGUAUUUUCAGGAUGGUCGAGCUGUAUUAGCUGCAUGUUGCCAUCUAGCUGUAGACAAUAUCGAGGUACAACAUUUCAAAUUGGUGUAUGACUGCAACACCCUUAAAUGUGUGAUGGUGUUUGAGAGAAAGAUAAGUUUCUCUUUUUACUAUAUGAACAGGAAUUUGGCAGCUGAUCUCCUCCUAAUGAUUCCUGACAGUGAACUGCAUUUAGUAAAACUCUGUGCUUUCUACCCAGGGUGUACUGAAGAAAUAAAUGACCUCCAUAAAAAGUGCAAGCUACCCACAGUAGAGGAAUGUCUGCAAUUAGCUGAGGCAGCCCAUGCAGAUGGCAAUGUAUUUGAAACUAUAAAGUAUUACCUACUAAGUCAAGAGCCUGAGAAAGCUCUUCCUAUUGGUCUUGACUUUGUCAAAGAAUACAUCAGUAGUUCAGAUUGGACGUUGGACAGCAUCUACCCUGCACUUGACCUAUUGAGUUAUAUUCGUACUGAAAAGUUAAUCAUGCAUGCAUGUACCGAAGCUCGAAAUGAGUUAUUAAUACUAUGUGGUUAUAUUGGUGCAUUAUUGGCUAUCAGGAGACAGUACCAAAGCAUUGUUCCAGCACUUUAUGAAUACACAAGUCAGCUCUUAAAACGUCGAGUGGUGUCAGUACCUUUAAAACUUGAGCAUCUUUCUGAAGAACUGGAUGCAUGGAGAGCUUGCACACAGUUCAGCAACCAAUCAGAAGAUUCUUCAUACACACCUCCUUCUGAUUCUCAAAGAACAGUUUAUGCAACUUUGCUGAAGAGACUGAAAGAAGAACCACUCGCAGGAAUUAUUGGACCAGAUUAUGUGACUGGAUCAAAUCUUCCCAGUCAUUCUGAUAUUCACAUCUCUUGUUUUACAGGAUUAAAAAUACAGGGCCCUGUAUAUUUCCUUGAAGAUGGAAAAUCGGCUAUCUCACUGAAUGAUGCUUUGAUGUGGGCAAAGGUGAAUCCAUUUUCACCUUUAGGAACUGGAAUACGACUCAAUCCAUUUUGA